AUGGUUGACCUUGCCGUCAAGUUGCCGAAUCUUGAGUACUGGGGUUGUCGAUUUGGAGGCAAUGAAUGGUCGCCGAAGGCGAAACAAGAAGCGAGAAGAUAUCUCAUCCAAGAUUGGGCUGGACCACGUCGGGACACAAGACAAGAUUUUGCAAAAGCUCUAUUAUCUGCACGUCUGCCUGGUUCACUUCGGCGCAUUCGUCUAGAUUUCCUCUAUGAUCUCGAACGUAGUACGCAUAUUGACCAUCUCACGGCACAGCCUGAUAUGCCCAAGGAUAACUGUACCCUUUCCUGGCCGAAUCUCGAGAGUCUCGUUGUCGUGUUUCACAUGGUUAGCCCGUCGGGGCAAUGGUGUUUCAUAGGACCGAACGGCGAAGGGCGCAACACGGCAGCAUUCAAGGUCGACGAUGCCUCAUAUCCACCCUUGGAAACAACUCCGUAUGACGAAGAUAUGAUCGACCAGAUUGAUCAUGAUGGAGACCGGCGGCUAUACAUAGGAAGCCAAACCUCCCGCUUCCGCAUUGUGCCAAAUGAUACUACACUACGGCCGUUCCUUAUGGCCUUUGCCAAAGCAGCAUCAAACAUGAGGGCUCUCCAAGAGGCAGCGCUCUGGUGCCCUGUUUCAUGGGUACCCAAUGAUGAAAAUGGGGAUGAUUCAAGACCGGAAAUGUUUUCAAAAGAUUGUCCAGACACCAAAAGGGUCGCUUGGGGAGUGCACUAUCAAGCGAGGGGCGAGCUUGACGAUACUUGGCAGGGUGGGAACUUUCCUACAGAAGUUCCCCUACUCUGGUGGAAAGUCGGCCUGUGGCGUCCGGAUCCCGAACUGCAUGAGCUUUUUCAGCAGAUUGGAGUCAGAUCUAGGUGCGAGUGGUGCAGUGUACGGGAACGACCCUGUAUUCACCUUUUGCCUCCCCCGCCAUCUCCGCUCAUCUUUCUCGCCUUCUCUCAAACUACAAGACCUCGUCGCAUCCUGCCACGACUCUCACUGCACUGCUCUCAUCAUCGCAUGAUGCCUCCUCCCACCGACCCGGUUCCUCUCCCCGAUAUCCUCGAAACGUACACCGGCUGGUUCAGCAGUGAUGGCCUGCACAUUGUCAUAAUGCUAGAAGGAUCCACUUUGCGUCUAGGAUGCCUCAGCCAUAUCCGUGGCGACAUCCUCGAGAGCUGGACACUAUGCUUCGUACCUGCAAUCAACAUCGCCAGCAGCACCGAGGAGGAGACAGCUCUCAAUCGUCCUCUUCAAGCCGUCGCCAUGGCGCUUCCAGGCAGAUACAUGGUCUCAUUCGACAUCAAAAAGGGCGCAAUACACGGCGUGAGCAUAGACACGAUGCUGUAUGCACGCUACAAGCCCGAUACGUGCGCCAUCAUGAAGGUACCAAGAGAGCUCCGGCAAAUGAUCUGGCGCUACAGCCUAGCCAACGAAGCUGGCAAAGUGACACUUGAAGAAUACGGUGAUCUGCGUAUCAUCACCAACGGACGUACGCAGUCGCAGUUCAACCGCAUCCACGAGGUACAUCCCGAAUUCGCCACUGAGGCCUUGCAUCACGAGCUGUACGACAACACUCUCGAAUGCACGGACGCAGCCCGUCUUGUUGAGCUGCUCCACUCAGACAAGGGAAAUGUUAAGCUCUGCCUCCGCGAUGUUCUGCUCUCGGCGGAUUGGGGUCAGAUGCCGCUGCCGCCGCGAAUGCCUGACGCCCACCUUCUCAAGGAUAUUCUGCGGUAUGCCAAGCAGCAUAAAGAGACAAAGUUUACCAUUCGCAUGAUGAUGUGGCGUCUAACUCCAAUAAAUUCAAGCCAGGUUAUGUUGCACUUUCUGGAAUUUGGAGAAGGUAUACGAAGAGCUAUUCGAGGCAAGCAGUCGAUCUUGUCGAUAAUGACUAUCCAAAACCAGGUUCUCUUUUGGACGAAAGAGCACGAUUUCUCGGGGCUUGACGCAGACAACGUCAAGUUUUUCCCUGAAAUGGAUUGCUUUUGUAGGUCUCUGUAUCGGGCUCAGGUUGCAUUUUUUCUCGACGAGGUGCUUACAGACUACAUGGCACAUGCACCAGGAUUACACGCCAGUGACGUAAAUGAAGCGAUUGAGUCGGUCGUCAACGAUAUAGAGGAAUGGCACAAGAACGGCAUUUAA